AUGGUUGAAGUGAAAUUCACUUUGCUCCGUGGAGAGGAAUCAUACCAAUCAUAUACAAUGGGUAUUUCAUCGGAAAUAAGUUAUGAUGGUGUACAGGACUAUAUAAAUCUUCUAUUCCGGAUGUUCUUUUGUAAUCAGCAGAUAUACUUCCGCGGGGAGGAGAUGCCCAUAGUCGAACAUCCUCUCAAAUCCGUUGAGGAUGGAGAAGAAAUAAGCAUAAAGCAUUUCAUGUGGGUUAAUUGGGUAAGGUUUAAGCAACACUCCCAUAACGCAUGGCAAGCAAUACAGUCUGAGAGUGAGGAGUCUCUUGUAGAACACGUUCGACUAGCAGCUUUGGUUUUUGGUAUCCCGCAAAGAAAUUUUUGA